GAGGUGGCAGAUGCCCAAAAAAUGAAGGAUUAUCUUAUCUAACUUGAUUGUAGUGGGUGGCUCUUAAAACCAGAGAAACAGAACUCAGAGCACUGUACCUUAAGCCUUAAGAAUCAGAACCUCCUGUCUAAUCUCAAAGAUCUCAAGUUCCUCAUAAUCACAACAAUAAAGCCGGUAAAAGUGCAUUUUCAAGGUUGGGAAUUUCUUUCUGAGGCAGCAAUCCUUGGCAUUGAAGUGUUUCUUGUAUGUUAAAGGGGCUAGAGCUUCUGGAGCUCUGAAGGAUACUUAACCACCGCUCCAAUCAUAUUCCAACUAAGCAAGAUACAAGAGGGGAACAGAAGACUUGUUGAAAACGUUGCUGCUACCGAAUAUAUUACAGCAGACGUUUCAUUUCCAGAAGAGAAGCAUUUAGUCUUGGACCAAUGAAGUCACAAGCAGCACCUAACCAAGAGGACUACAAAUUGAAGGACACGAAACCCCAUCUUGGGGAACGCUGGCCAUAUGGAGGAAUACGCGGUGGGGGAGGGUGGAUUAGCAGCGAAAGAGCUACAAGCACUUAUGACCUUGUUGAGCAGAUGUUUUAUCUGUAUGUCAGAGUUGUAAAAGCCAAAGAUCUUCCAACAAACCCUGUGACAGGAGUCUGUGAUCCAUAUGUAGGAGUGAAGCUGGGGAACUAUAAGGGCAAAACACAGCAUUUUGAGAAGAAAACAAACCCUGAAUGGAACCAAGUGUUCGCUUUUUCAAAAGAGAAGAUUCAAGCUUCCAUACUUGAAGUUUAUGUCAAAGACAAAGCGAUGGUGGCAAGAGAUGACUAUGUGGGGAAGGUGGUGUUUGACAUGAAUGAAGUGCCAACUAGAGUUCCACCAGAUAGUCCUUUGGCACCUCAAUGGUAUAGAUUAGAAGACCGGCAAGGCGAUACUAAGGUUAGAGGAGAGGUUAUGCUUGCAGUUUGGAUGGGUACACAGGCUGAUGAAGCUUUCCCAGAAGCCUGGCACUCAGAUGCUGCUUCAGUUCAUGGAGAGGGAGUUUUCAGCAUUCGGUCCAAGGUUUAUGUCUCACCAAAGCUGUGGUAUCUCAGAGUUAAUGUCAUUGAAGCUCAGGAUGUGCAGCCACAUGAUAGAAGCCAACCACCACAAGCUUAUGUCAAGGCUCAUGUUGGAAAUCAAACACUUAAAACAAAGAUAUGUCCAACAAGGACAGCCAAUCCCAUGUGGAACGAAGAUUUGAUGUUUGUAGCAGCAGAACCUUUUGAAGAACAUCUUGUACUUACAGUUGAAAAUAAAGUGAGUGCCGCAAAAGAUGAAAAGGUGGGAAAAAUAAGCCUUCCCCUGACCAUCUUUGAAAGGCGCUUGGAUCACAGGGCAGUCCAUUCUCGUUGGUUCAACCUCGAAAAAUUUGGUUUCGGUGCGCUGGAGGGAGACAAGAGGCAUGAACUCAAGUUUUCAACCAGGGUCCAUCUCAGAGUCUGUCUUGAGGGUGCUUACCACGUACUAGAUGAAUCGACCUUGUACAUAAGCGAUGUGAGGCCUACUGCUAGGGAGCUAUGGAAGCAGCCAAUUGGGAUUCUUGAAGUCGGGAUCUUAAGCGCUCAAGGGCUUCUUCCAAUGAAGAACAAGGAUGGUAAAGCAACAACAGAUGCUUACUGUGUAGCCAAGUAUGGGCAGAAAUGGGUGAGGACCAGAACAAUCAUUGAAAGCUUCAAUCCCAAGUGGAAUGAACAAUAUACAUGGGAGGUCUACGACCCUUGCACGGUGAUCACAUUGGGAGUUUUUGACAACUGCCACCUCGGUGGAAAUGAGAAACCAACUUCUGGCAGUGGAGGUAAAAAUGAUUCAAGAAUUGGCAAGGUAAGAAUCCGGCUAUCAACCCUGGAAAUGGAUCGGAUUUACACAAACUCUUAUCCCCUUCUUGUUCUACAACCAAGCGGAUUAAAAAAGAUGGGGGAACUCCAAUUAGCAGUAAGAUUUACCUGUCUCUCACUAGCUAAUAUAAUUUACCUCUAUGGCCACCCCUUACUGCCAAAAAUGCAUUAUCUGCAUCCAUUCACUGUAAACCAGUUAGACAGUUUGAGAUAUCAGGCAAUGAACAUUGUGGCUGUGAGACUUGGCAGAGCUGAACCACAACUAAGGAAAGAGGUUGUGGAGUACAUGCUAGAUGUAGAUUCCCACAUGUGGAGCAUGAGAAGAAGCAAAGCUAACUUUUUCAGAAUUGUCUCUCUAUUCUCUGGCCUAAUCUCCAUGAGCAGGUGGCUUGGCGAAGUUCGUCACUGGAAAAACCCAAUCACUACAGUUUUAGUCCAUUUCCUGUUUUUCCUACUUAUCUGCUACCCGGAACUGAUCCUGCCAACUAUCUUCCUCUAUAUGUUUCUCAUCGGAUUAUGGAAUUUUCGUUUCCGUCCAAGGCAUCCACCUCACAUGGACACUAAACUUUCAUGGGCAGAGGCAGUUCACCCGGAUGAAAUGGAUGAAGAGUUUGACACCUUCCCUACUUCGAAGGCUCAAGAUGUGGUGCGGAUGAGAUACGACAGACUACGGAGCGUGGCAGGAAGAAUUCAGACAGUGGUUGGAGACAUUGCAACUCAGGGGGAGAGGUUCCAGGCUGUGCUCAGUUGGAGAGAUCCAAGAGCAAGUAGCUUGUUUGUAUUUUUGUGUCUUAUUGCUGCUGUGGUGCUCUAUGUGACACCUUUUAAGUUGAUUGCUCUGGUUGCUGGGAUGGUUUGGCUAAGGCAUCCUAGAUUCCGAAGCAAGCUACCUUCAGUACCAAGCAAUUUCUUCCGAAGGCUGCCAUCUCGUGCCGAUAGCAUGCUCUGAGAAUCAUAUACAAGGGGGGUAGAUAACCAAAUAAUAGAGCAUGCUAAUUCCUACAUCCGGACUCUUUCUAUCUAUUUGAGUAACAUGGCUUUCUAGUAUUUAUCAUUUGAUUUGAUUGUUCUGUAACAUCUGUGUUUAGAAAUUAAAUUCCCUGAAAAUAAGGCAAAAUUUAUCCUGUGUUGCCAUCUUCAGGAUUUCCAGUUCUGCGUAGCCAACCAAAAAAAAAUCUAGAUGUAAAUUUGCGGUUUUAAUUUGCACCAAUGUAACAUGCCAAGAAAUAUUCACAA